AUGGACGAGUUAAAGGGCUUCAAUCGGCAUCAUUUUGAUGGACUGAUCUUGAGUAAAACAAUACGCGACUUACACUCCAUCCAUACGUUCAGUGGAACCAAUGACGCAUACGAACUGCUACUCAGGGAAACGAUAGAUAACAUUGGUCUACUAUUGAAUUAUCACGAAAAGCUUUUCAAGACAGUAGAGCUUUCUUCGAGCGGCUCCCAUCAACACGUUGAUCUUGGCUCUUUGAAGUUCAUUUACUAUGUGAACAAGAGCACAGUAGGCAACGAACAACACCACGAAUCUCAGGAUUCGUCUGAUAGUAUAAUACGACCUCACUCGUUGCUAAAAUACUUAAACAAGUACCCACAUCAAUCCAGUGACAGCAUAAGCUCACAAUUGAUCGAAGUUCUAGCUGCAAAUUCCAAUAGCUCUUCAAGCUCAGGCUCAAAGUCAGGCAAGAGGCUAACCCAGUCUUAUUCAGUUGUAUUGACCAAGUUUUCUGCCUUACUUGACUUUUUCAUACGGCUCCACAGAGAGUCAGAAAAACGAUUAGUAGAGUAUCUCAAUAAGCUCUUCAAUUACGAAGCAAGAUUCUAUUCAACUUUGAACUCGAGAUUGGAUUCGGACUUGAAUAUUAACCACGAAGAUACUGUUCAGAUUGUAAAUUCUUUGGAUAAUAUAAUUGCGUCAAGUAACAACAGACAAGCCACCAAAAUUGAAAACGAUAAAGACGACAGUAUGUUCGUCAUCGAAUCGACGGGAGAUAUCCCACAUUCUAGAUUUGAGCCCCACACCAAUGAACUUGUGAAGUUUACGUCAAAUGAUCCGACUUUCAAUUCAUUAUACCAAAUAUUCUUGCAGUUGUGCUCAUUCAAAACUCAACCUGACGAAUCUUCUUUGAAUUCUACGUCGCAUGUCCACGACUACCGAGAAUAUAUUCGAAUAAUGAUAGAAACCUAUAAAAAACAAGUAGGUACGGAUUUUUUAGAGUUGAACGACUACAGUGUGAAAGAUUUGAAAUUCAACUACUUUUAUGAAAAAUUCCUCUCAAGUGAUCAAGAGGACAGCAUAUUUCCAAUUUUGUAUAAGCUGAUUACCGAUAAGGUAGCAAGAGAAGUUGAUUUGUUCCCUGAACUGGUUACAAGUAACAGGUUUAAUUCGAACUUCAAUGGCCAUGAUCAUCAGGCAGAAACCAAAUUAGAAGACUCGAACAGAUCUCAUAAUAUUGGCUCUACGUCAUAUAAACAAGAAAAUGAUAGUCGUAGCUCAAUGAUUCCCAAUGAUUCAUCGUUGUUCGCCGUCACCAGAGAAUUAUCCGCACGAGAUCAAGGUGAAUUGAUCAACGGCUUAAGGCUAGUCAUACCUCAACUACAAAACUAUUAUGAGUUUGAUCCGAUAUUUCCAGAUAUCAUGAGACAUUUUGUCAGGUUGUUGUACAAUUCAACUUCUGGAAUAUUUAUUGAUGAGACUGAAAAUUUUCAGUACGUUGGUAGUAUUCUAGGACUCUUGAAUACAGUUAUUGACUAUGAAAAUGAUGAGCUUGAUGAAAAUCACAACAUUCAAGAAACUAUUAAUGAUUUAUACAGACUUCACUUAACGUUGUCUCCUUCACAUUUUGGAGAUUUGACUACACCAGGUAGAACUCUUUUAAUGAGAUUGGCUAUUGCUGAAUUCACGAACUCUCACAAAAUAUGCUUAAAGUAUUUUACUAAGUGGAACAACAAAACUUUAGUAGUUAACCAGCUUCAAUAUUUAUUAGUGAACAGCUGGAGCGAUCAGUUAAAGAGGCUAAAGGUCGAAGAACACUUGAAGAUUUGGUACAAAAAAUAUAAAAUAAACCAGACUUUGAUGAUGGCAACGGAAAAUGACUAUAAUACAAGGCUACUUUCGAAGACUUUCACCGAUAAAUGGAUGAAAAGGACUAUAGAUAGUAGCAAUUUGGUUGUUAGAGCUUCUCGGUUUGAAUUGUUACAGAAAUGGAAGACUUGGACGAGGAGAUGGGAGCGAUUGGAUCAUUUGACAAAAGAAUCCGUAAGCUACUACGAGUCCACAAUCUUACAAAAAUACUUUGAUAAAUUGAUUGUUAUAUAUUCAAGGCGAAGACAAAUGAAUGACUUGGGUGAGGAAUUUCGUAUCUCAAGCAGUAAGAUGGUCGAUGCUAAAGUUAAAAGACUUGUGUGGAAUACGUGGUACAAAAGAAUGAAUAAAACAUUUACAAACGAUGAUGAAUCGUUGAAAAUAUCCCAAUUGAGAGAAAGGGUGUCAGAGUUGAAUAUUAUUCCUCUUAAAGCUAAGUUGGAUAGUAUAACUCCGAUUGAUCUUGUUCAAAAAUUGAGAAAGUUAGAAGGUUUAGAAAAGUAUUUUAUUUAUUCCAGAUAUUUUUCACUUUGGCGCCGUUUUAGUCAAUAUCAUCUAAAAUCCCAACAACUCAGGGUAACAAAUGAUAGCAUUCUACUUAAAUACUACCUAGUAUGUAAAUGGAAGAGGCAGUAUGACUUAAAAAAAUUAGCCGACAUUGAAGUUAAUAAAGUAAAUGAAGUAUUAUUAUUGAAUGCAUUUGAAAAUUGGAGAGAUACUACACGACUACAUUCCAAAAGCACUGAGUUUUCGGAGGGAAGGAUAACUAAGAAGUGGUUCAGAUUAUGGAGGCUAAAUUCAAAAUUAUCACAGCAUAAGCAUAAACUGGUCAUUACUAGUGAUAGUUGCUCUAAUUUUAAUAUGAAAAAUUGUUAUAAAAAAUGGCAUUUGCUAGCAGUGUUAAAACAAUAUCAAGCAGAGCGAGAGUUUACCAAGCUAAGGGGUUAUUGCAACAAAUGGCAAAUUAGGGCAUUGAAGAAUACUAGAUUAGAAAAGAUGGCAAUUGAAUACGAGACUAAAAGAAUAAUCAAUACCAAUUUUAUUGUAUGGAUGGAGAAGUAUUUGGAGAAAGAAGUAGAUCUUCGAAAUACUGCUGACGACUUUGUACAAAGAAAAUUUCUAACUAAAAUGGCGAAAAGGUUGCUAAAAAUUCGUCAAAAUCAGCAAAGAAGUAAGAAAUACCUAUCUAGCCUGUCUUACACUUUCUCCGAGAGAACCUCUUUAUUAAGUUGCUUGCGUAUUUGGCAAAAUCUUUAUGGUGAACAGUUCGAAAAGAAUAACCAAAAGAAAGUUGAAGUUUUCGUAAAGAACGUGUCAAAUAGUGGACUACUUUAUAAGUUCCUUGAAAGGUGGGCAGUGAAAUAUAAUGCAAAUCAGAGAAAGACAGAUAAAUUGAAACAGCUUUCUGAUAAGUUUCUCUGGAACUCCUUGCUAAUGCAUUCUACCUUGGGCAAAUGGAAAUUAAACACGACGAGAAAGUUGGAACAGCAAAUUGAAGCUGAUCUCUUUGAACAAAAGCUCCUUUUAAAGAAGCACCUUGUUAGAUGGUAUGAUAAAUUUAUAUACAUUCUGGAGUCUCUAGUUGAGAGAAGUGAGGAUUAUUUGAAUCAGAAAGAUAUUCAAAAGGCGAAGGAACUACUAAAUAUUUGGUCAAUGAGAUAUAUUAAAGAUAUACAGUUACAGCAAUCUCGCUGUGAAAUGUUCAUUACUCGUUGGCAAAUUUCCAAGGGAAAGGCUACACUUGACGUAUGGUUGCAUAAGGCGAGAAACAAGAAGGCAGUAGCUGAAGAUGAUGAUGGAGAAGUAGCAGAUAUGGACACACUGCUUACAAGUAAUCAGUCCCCUUUGUCGAGAAAAGUUAAUACAUCCCAGCUCAGUUAUUUAAAUACUCCUAUUAAGAAACGUGAAUACGUGGGUCGUCUUCCUUCAACUCCUAAUGCAUCAAGAGUUAGUCCAACAAAGCUUCAAGAAACAUCCGAGCGAAUCAAAUCCGAAAGAGUUGACAAACUUAUUAAACACUAUCAAAAGGCAAAAGGAGCGAGAGUCUCCCAACUAAAUUCUUCAUUCGUGAAAUUAUCACCUGAAAGAAAGGGAAGCACUUAUGCAAAUAUAGUACCGCCCCGCCCACCAAACUUCAGAAGAAGCUCAAGUAGACUACCUGAAAUGAGCAGUGACGACGAAUCAGAAUCUGUUUUCAAUCCAAAUGCAGAUGAAGAAAAAUCGACUAUAGAAACAGCAAAGCUGCUUCGGAAGAUCACUCCAAUAUUUAUACCCACAGUGGAUGAGUAUGAGGCACCAAAGUUUUCUACUGGUAGGAAAUUGAAGGAAAGGAUUCAACUUACAUCAACUCCAUCAAAAUAA